UACAGCUGCAACUGUUGCCGCUAGUGCUGAUGUUAAUAGGACUGGAAGAACUUCGUCUUCUUCUGCUACUUCCUCUGCUUCAGCUGGUGCUUCAACGGUGUCGUUUCUUUGUUUCUCUGCAAAUGUUGGACUCCGCAUUCGCAUUCUCGUCUCCUUAGCUUCAACAACCAUUCUGAUCUCUUCUCUCUUCCUUCGAUCUGUUUCUUGUUCUUCGCCUACAAAAGUUCAGUAGUUUAGUCUACACCCAGAAAAGAAGGCAAUCAAGCCUCUCACAUGGAGCAAUACGAAGUACUUGAGCAAAUUGGAAAGGGAGCCUUUGGUUCAGCACUUCUUGUGAGGCAUAAGCAUGAAAAGAAGAAGUAUGUGUUGAAAAAAAUCCGGCUUGCUCGCCAAACUGACAGGUCUCGAAGAUCCGCCCAUCAAGAGAUGGAACUCAUAUCUAAAAUGCGAAAUCCUUUUAUAGUAGAGUACAAAGAUUCUUGGGUGGAAAAGGGUUGCUACGUGUGCAUUAUAAUAGGAUAUUGUGAAGGAGGAGACAUAGCGGAAGCUAUAAAGAAAGCAAAUGGCAUGCUUUUCCCAGAAGAGAAGCUGUGUAAGUGGCUUGUUCAACUCCUAAUGGCCCUUGACUACUUGCACAUGAAUCACAUUCUGCAUCGUGAUGUUAAGUGUUCCAAUAUAUUCUUGACAAAAGAGCAAGGUAUACGUCUUGGUGAUUUUGGACUUGCGAAAAUUUUGACAUCAGAUGAGUUUGCUUCCUCUGUUGUGGGAACUCCCAGCUAUAUGUGUCCUGAGCUUCUUGCUGAUAUCCCGUAUGGUUCCAAGUCAGAUAUUUGGUCACUAGGAUGCUGUGUAUAUGAAAUGACUUCUCUUAAGCCUGCGUUUAAAGCUUUUGAUAUACAGGCACUGAUUAACAAGAUAAAUAAGUCGAUUGUGGCUCCUCUUCCAACUAAAUAUUCUGGUGCAUUUCGAGGUCUUGUUAAAAGCAUGUUGCGGAAAAACCCAGAACUUAGGCCUAGCGCAUCUGAGCUGCUCAGGCAUCCACACCUUCAGCCUUACGUACUUAAGAUUCACAAAAGACUCAAUAGUCCUAGGCACAAUGCAUUGCCAGUCCACUGGCCUGAAUCCAGUUAUGUGAAGAAAACCAGGUUUUCAGAGCCAAAAGAUAUUCCUCUUUCCAACUAUAGAGAGAAGCGACAUUCAUUCAGCAGUAAUAGGGCUUUGAAUCCAAGUGUGUCUGCUGCUGAUCUGGAUUCUGUGUGUUCUACUUCUACAAGAGGAUUGCAUGAUGAAAUAAGUUUUCAUUAUCGUGGAAGAGCUGAUUUAUCAGGUAAUAACAGCUGUGAAGAGACGGUUAUUUGUAGAACGGUUGGUUCAAAAACAUGUAGCGUUGUCAAAACACCAAGACAAACUCCAGCAAAAGCUUCUGUCGCUCCCAGGAGACGUGCUGAGCCUGUAAAGAAACGUGAAUCACUUCCUGUUUCAAGCACUCUGGCAAAGAAGUCCGUCAGUGUGACCCGCAGGGCCUCUUUGCCAUUGCCGGCAAAAACUACAACACCAGAGUCCCGUUACAGGCAUGAUCUCAAUAUUCUUCACGAUCUGAAGUCUCCAGACGUUUCUGUCAAUGCUCCUCGUAUUGACCGUAUAGCUGAAUUCCCCCUAUUACCUGAUGAGGAUCCCAUAUUUCAACUCCGUAGAACUUCAUCAACCUCUGCUCAAGGUUCUUCUAGCUCCCCGCAACGCAACGACCCUUCAAUCACAAAAGAUAAAUGUGUGGUCCAAUUUUGUGAAGAAACCCCUUCAAAGCCCCAUCUCACCGAGAUGUGGCAGGGAAUCGAGCAGAGCAUGUUUCUAGUACAAGAAGACGAAAGAAGCAACUUGUCCGAUCAAAAUGCUACUGCUGGUGCAUCAAGCCGCACCUCAUCAGACACGCGCCGCCACCGAUUUGACACCUCAUCGUAUCAGCAAAGGGCUGAGGCUCUGGAAGGUUUACUUGAAUUUAGUGCAAGAUUGCUGAUAGAUGAAAGGUAUGAUGAGCUGGGCGUGCUUCUGAAGCCAUUUGGGCCUGGAAAGGUCUCUCCUAGGGAGACUGCUAUAUGGUUGUCCAAGAGCUUCAAGGAGAAUACAAUCAAACAGGAGGACUAAUCUAAUCUACCAAGGAAUUGGAUGCCACAUUUUUUCUUUUAUAUCUGUAGUCAGUAACUCUUAGAGUGGCAAUGCAGAGCGGUUAGUCAAUAUAUAUACACUAUCAGGCAUUAUAGGUGCUGUGGGUGUUAGUGCCAUCCGAACUAUAGGAUCUAUCGUCUCAAUAUGCCCCGGCAGUUAUGGAGUCAAUAGAUGUUGUAUCAAAUUCUACUCUUUUCGCUCAGUUUCUCCCUGAUUGUCAAUCAUAU